GAUCGUCGUCUCUCCAAUUUCCGAUUUUCCCAUUAGCAAACUUCUUUUAUUUUUAUUUUUUUUCUUCUUAUUCUAACCCCCUUAUUACUAUCAACAAAUAUUAAUAUAGACAUGGCAAGAAUAGCACGUGGCAUAUCUUUAGAAGAUUGGGAAGAUAAGGCUCGUUUAAAUGAAAAACAAUUACAAAGUGUAUAUGAAAUCAAAGAAACUUGUGCUGAGCUGCCUCUACCAUCAAGUUGGUAUUUUAAUGAAAAGUCUCUGAAUUCACCUGCUUUAGGUCGUGGUACUUCUUCUGGAGGGAUGACUCCUGAUGUUUCUUCCUCUCACUUAUUGAAUCCUUUAAAUGCUGGUGUCCUAUCAAGUCAACUUCGUGCUAUCAAUCGAUCAAGAUCGGCUACCAAUUUGUAUGCUGAAUCUACUGCUGCAGCUGAAAAGCAAUCUGCCAAUGACAUUAGAUCUGAUAAACCAAUUGAAACUUUACAACAGUUUUUUGAUUGGUUUGCCGUGAUGGAAACUGAAAUGGAAAAAGGUCAAGAGGAUGUCUAUAGAAAUUAUCUCUCGAUGGUCACAUUUUACCGAACUGUAUGUGAUGAAUUCUUGGAAAAUUUGGAUACAACAAAAAAUUUAUUUGAGGAACUUGGGCAGGAUUAUGGAUUUGUGGAAAAACAGACGAAAUCAUUACAAUCAACAUGUGAGGAAUUAUUACAACAACCAAAGCAAUAUCCAUUACAUCAAACCGAAAAACCAAAAGAACAAUAUCAACAAGAUGAAAUACCAAAGGAAGCGUGGAAUGAAUGCUGGCAACAAUGACACCCCCCUUAUCAUAUUUUUACUCUAAACUUUUCUCGUACUUUAUUAUCACACACACAGACACUCAAUAAAAAAAAAAAAACUUUGUUUGAUACCUUCUCCUUACGA